AAUAGAAUGGAUCACUUAUGCCUCAUGUUAGAAGGUAUUCCAAAUGAAAGAAAUGAAAAAAUACAAAAAGAAACAAUGAAAUUUUGUGUUCGGUAUCACCAAGAUAUCAUUAGUAUAUCAAAUAAAACCGCAAAAUUGUAUAAUAAAAUUUUGGGAGUUCACACAAUUUUUACAGCGGUAGUAUUUGCAUUGCUAGCAAAGCAAUCUGCGAACAUUGAUGGAGUCGUGCAGAUGGUCGGUUGGUUAAUUACUAUAUUUGUAAUGUGUCACUCUGGACAAGAGCUCAUUUACAUGAGUGAAACUUUGGGAGAAAAAAUUAUAUGCAUGUGUAAUUGGUAUAAGAUGAAUAAGUCAUUGCAAAAAGAUUUGCAGUUAAUUAUAUUGCGCAGCCAAAAACCUUUGACUAUUCCAGCUGGACCUUUUGCAUAUUUGACAUACGAUUUAUUCAUAGCGAUUAUUAAAAUGGCGUACUCAUAUUUUGCGUUAAUUUCAAGAAGCACAAACGAUAGCUAAAAAAUUGUCCUAUUUAUAUUUGCAAUAAUAAGAAUAUAUAAUUAUUUUGUUGUUUAUUGUUCAUAGAUAUGUUAGGUAUUGUCAAUUAGAGUAAAUUCAAAUAAAGGCAUAAUUUAU